AUGGCCUCUGGGUACCAACCGACCGUUACCUUCCAGGAAUCCCCUCGGGAGUGGGACUGUUUCUCGCCCGCCGAAGUGUACUGGCGCUCUGCGGGAGGGAUGUACUUCUUCCAGCUGAUUGACUUCUACGCUGCAGCCAUCUCUCUCAUGGUCAUUGCAUUUUUCGAAGUUGUUGCCAUCUCCUGGAUAUAUGGUGCCAACAGGCUUGCCCGGAAUAUAGAAGAGAUGGCAGGAAACAAACCAUGGAUGUACUUCAUCGUUUGCUGGUACGGACUGUCUCCAGUACUCAUUGGAGGUAUCAUGAUCUUUGGGUUCAUCCAGUACACCCCUGUGAGGUAUGGCGACUACUACUACCCGGGAUGGGGGCAGGCGAUUGGCUGGGUCAUUGCCUCACUUUCAAUCAUCUGUCUACCAAUCGGAGCCAUCCAUGCAUUGCUGAGUGAAAAAGGAGGCUUUGUGCAGCGUUUCAAGGCGACCCUGAAGUCAAAGAUUCCCGACCGAGGAACGCUCGCGUUUGAACCGGAAGAAUUUGGCUCAUACCAGAAGAAAGAUCCAACUCUCCCGCCAUCGUAUAACGACAUCUCGCGUAAUGAAGGCUUCCCCUCAGCCCCACCCCACUCACCGAUGGCUGAGAGCGCUCUUUGAGUUGUAACAUCAGAUUCUGUAUCAUUCUUUAUCUGUAGGGUAGAACUAUAAUUUAGUAUAAAACAGCUGGUAUAACUGCUUUAUGUCCCACCAUAACUUUGAAAGCUCAUGGCAGUGGAUAGUUAUGACUUGUCACAUGGAGAUAACACCAAGUGUUGUUAAUAGCUAUCUUGUGAGGACACCCUUGUACGUAGUUACUACUGUAUGUAUGUAGGUGACUAUAUAUAUUUGCACACAUGUAUGCUUUUGCUGUUUUUUCGACAGAAACCUUACAGUCAUGAGUAUUGUCAGAAAUAAAAAGUUUUUUUUGCUACAUGUACUUAGGUCCUAAAGCAACAUCGAUAUUAAUGUAUUUUUACUAACUAAAGUUGUCUUUGAAACUUGCAGAUAUAUUAAGAUGCUUAUAGGGUAAGAUAGAG